AUGGUAACAAGGCAAACCACCCAUAAUUCUAACGGACGAUGUAUUGGUAUUGAAAUUAAUGUUAAUUCAUUGAGUAAUAAUCACGCCAGUAUCCAUUCAAAAUAUUUCAUGCCACGUUAUCAUUAUUCAAAAGUAACAUCAUCCGAUUCUCCAAACGGAUCUCUAUCGUUAGAUGAUAGAAAUGGUUUUUCAUUAAAUGGAAAUAAUACCAAUAGCAUAACAAGCACAAAAUCAUUCAUACCGCUUGUUACAAAUAAAGUAUUUCCAAAAACAAACAAUGCAAAUAGCUCAAGUUCGAAAAGUGAUUAUAUACAAAUUCCUGUUAUAAGAGAAGAAACAAAAGAGAAGCAACUGCCAACUAACAACACUACUAUAACGUCAUCUAACGAAAGAAUCGUUCCAAUUAGUUAUUAUGUUAGUGAAACAAGUAUUCCGACAAAUAAUUAUCCAAAAACAUCAAUAAAUUCACUUCGUUCACAAAAUUGGCCAACGUCCAAAUAUUUCCACUACGACAGCAAUUUCAAGGAUAAUAAUGCUACGAAAUCGAUGGAUGAAAAUAAAUUUCCAUUAGUUGUGACAAAACCAUCAUUAACAAAUAAUCGUCAUUUAAGUUUAUCCGAUGCAUUAAACGAAACUGACUCAACAACAUCUCCAACCACCCCUAACGGUAAUCGUCAUCCAAUCUUAGUACCAAAUAUUCGUUUGAAUAUCCCCGUUAUGUCAGAUCUUAAUUCAUUAACAAACAGUUUGAAUAAUUUGCCAACGGAGACCACCGUUCUCUCAUCAUCGAAACAGAUACCAUUGCGGCUGCCAUCUACAACAACAUCAAUCGCACCAUCAAUACCGAGUUCUUCAACAUCACGUAUAUCAAGUGCAAUUUUAAAAACAGCUAAUUCACCUCCACUAACACGACAAAAAACAGAUUUAGAACGAACAACACUAUUUCCAUGGAUGGAUACAACACCAGUUAUUGCACCACGUCGAACAGAGCGAGCAGAAGUGAUGGCUCGUGAAGCAAUACAAGGCAUUAAUCGUUUUCAAAUUGGACGAUCAAAUUUAGAGAACACGCGAUCACCAGCACUAUCACGUCGUGUCAUAAUUAAUCUUAAAAACAAUCAGUCUGUUGUACUCGAUAGUCGUUUAUCAUCGGCUAUCGCUCAACAUGGUGGAAUAGGUAAUAGACCACCGCUAAAUAAACAACAAAAAUUAACACGAUUACUAUCAGAUUCUGAACUACAUGACGGUGCCAGAACUGAAAAACAGUCCAUAACGACAAUGAACAAUGUAUUUCAUAUACCUGUCUUACGUGAAAUUCAAACGUCAUCACCUGACAAUAGAAUUCGACGACCAUUUAGUGCUGCUCAAAUGAAUUAUAAAAAUGAAUUUCGUCUACAAUUACCAGUAACAAUAUUGAAUAAUCACGAAAACUCGAUUAAUAAUCGAGAAAAUGAUUUGAAUAUUGACGAAAAUGAAAAUAUUUUAAUAAAUACUGAACAACGAUCUCGUUCAGCUCGACAUUCGUUAACUGAUUGUUUUAAUGAUAUGCCAUCGACAGCAGCGACAUCAUCAUCCAAUCAGCUAAAAUCGAUUCUGAAACGAUCAUCUUCAAGAGACGCUGUAUCACGAAAAAGUGUCAGUUUUAUGACAUAA